UUGCUGAUUGUUCUUAAAUUGCUCAAAUAUAGGUGUAUAUGUCAUCGUCGAAAUCAAACCCCCCCUCCUUCUAAUGCCCACCUAAAUCUUCUCCCUUUUCAUGUUACAAUCAUCCCGCUCGCCAUAUUUCUACCUCAAUUAAUGAUUAUUCUUCUCUUUUCUUGCUCUGAUUAAUCAUACGCCACAGCAGCUGUGGCUGCACCUGCUGCAUUCGCCAAACGGGGCUUCUUCGCUUCUAGCCCAAUAAAUUGGUCAUUUGCCUGAAAUGGCGAAUAACCCCCAGUCUGCAGGAAUGCAGUUUCGUCCUAUGAUUCCACCACCACCAUCACAGCCAUUCGGUCCAGUGGCUCCUCAGCAAUUCCAGCCAGGUGGUCAGUCAAACAUAGGGAUGCCUCCUCAUCCUCCCCAACUCCAGUAUCCUCAAGCAGUGCCACCUCUACCAUCUCAGCUACCCCCGUCAUCACAGCCGCCUCCACCAUCACAGCCGCCUCCACCAUCUCAGCCACCUCUGCCAUCACAGCCACCGCCACAAAGAGCUGGUCUUCCAGGGCAUAGUUUGCCUCAAGGACCACCACCACCUCCACAGCCCGAUUUCCAGCACAACAGAGUUGUGAUGUAUGCUUCUCCUGCACAACUACAAUUCUCUAAUAAUUACUUGCAAAGUUAUGGUGGUCCAAGAGUCCCUCAUAUGCCAUACAACUUAUCAUCAUCAUCUGGGGGUCAACAACAAAUGAAUGUAGCCCCAAGUGUUCAGCACCUACCGAUGUCCCAAACAGAUACGCCAAACUUCCCUUCUGGAGGACAAUCUUGGUUUCCUUCUGGGAGUCAAGAUAUGCAAUCAACUAUGAUUAUGCAACAAACUGUGGAGCAAAGUUCUGGAGAACAAGCAUGGUUUUCAACUGGGAACCAGAACAUAAAGCCUCUAACGCCUUUGCAGCAGAACGGGGAGCAAAACUCUGCAGGACAACAGUGGUUGCCUGAUGGAACUCAUAAUAUCAAAUCUGCGACUCCUCAGUUGGCUGAGGAACGAAGUGCUGGAGUGGUGAAAAAUACUAUGCCUGGUGGCCCUGACCUGGAUGAGAAAGCUUCUUCGGAUUGGAGAGAACACACAACUCGUGAAGGGAAAAAAUACUUCUACAACAAAAGGACAAGGAUUUCUUCAUGGGAGAAGCCAUUAGAGUUGAUGACACCAACUGAGAGGGCCGAUGCAUCUACGGACUGGAGAGAAUUUACUAGUCCUGAGGGGAGAAGGUUUUACUUCAAUAAGGUGACUAAACAAUCUAAAUGGCGUAUGCCAGAUGAAGUCAGGUCAUCUCGUGAGCGGAUGAAUACGACUCUGCAGGAAGAAACACCCACAGUAAGGGAUGCUAAUUCACAUGCUUCUGCUGCUCUUUCCGCCUCUGCAAAUGAAGCAUCAACUCCCAAUACAAAUAAUUUAUCUGUGUUGCCCCAAGAAGUGGUGGUGUCAAGCCCUGUGUCGGAAACACCUACUGUUAAUCCUGAACAUGCAGUGGCUUCUGAACCAUCAAUCACACAAGAGGACACUGCUAAUUUAGCAUCAGAUGACACACCGCUGCAUGCCCCACAGGAAAUUGCUGCAUCAGUGGUUCAAUCAGAAACACCUGCACCUAAUGCUACCCCCACUGCCUUUACUUCUCCUAUGGAAAUGCCAGAUAAAUCUCCUCAGGAGGCUGCGUCUUCAUCCAUAAAAACUUCUGGUGGGGUUACAGAGGAAGAAAAUAAAACUGCAGUGGGUGGAGGCAUUAAUGCACCCGAAGGGAAAAAGCUAGAGCAUGUCCCUGUGGUUUAUGAGAGUAAAGAGGAGGCAAAGAAUGCUUUUAAAGCUCUUUUGGAGUCUGCUAAUAUUGGAUCUGACUGGACUUGGGACCAGGCCAUGAGAGUGAUAAUAAAUGACCGGAGAUAUGGUGCACUAAGGUCUCUUGGAGAAAGAAAGCAAACUUUCAAUGAGUUUGUGGGGCAAAGGAAAAAACAGGAAGCUGAAGAGAGACGUUUUAGACAGAAGAAAGCAAGACAGGAUUUCAAGAAAAUGUUACAGGAAGAUAAAGAUUUGACAUCAUCGACGAGAUGGAGCAAAGCAAUAUCUAUGUUUGAGAAAGACGAACGUUUUCAAGCUAUUGAACGGGCUAAAGACUGCGAAGACAUCUUUGAAGAGCAUUUAGAGGAGCUUAAGAAAAAGGAACGAACAAAGGCUUUGGAGGAGCAUAAGCGUCAUAAAUUGGAAUAUUUGGAAUUUCUAAAAUCCUGUGACUUUAUCAAGGCAAGUAGCCAAUGGCGAAAAGUGCAACACCGUGUAGAAGCUGACGAGAGAUGCUCACGCCUUGAAAAGAUAGAGCGUCUGGAAAUCUUCCAGGAAUACAUUAGGGAUCUAGAGCAGGAAGAAGAGGAACAAAGAAAAUUGCGAAUGGAGGAACAGAGAAAAGCGGAGCGUAAAAAUCGUGAUGAGUUUCGGAAGCUACUGGAAGAACAUGUAGCGAAUGGCAUUCUUACAGCCAAUUCUCGUUGGCGAGAGUAUAGCACAAAGAUUAAAGAUGCUCCGGCAUUUCUAGCUAUAUCUUCAAACGAAGCAGGCUCCUCUUCGAAAGAUCUAUUUGAUGAUGUUAUUGAUGACCUUGAGAAACAGUAUAUGGAGGAUAAGGAGAAAAUCGAAGAAGCCAUGAAGACUGAAAAGCUAUCCUUAUCGUCGACUUGGACUUUUGAAGACUUCGAAAGCUUACUUUCUAAAGAGCGAGGCUCAAAACCAGUAUCAGAUAUCAACCUGAAGCUCAUAUUUGAUGAGUUAAUGGAAAUUGCCAAGGAGAAAGAGGAUAAAGAAGCUAAGAAGCAUAAGCGCCUCACAGAAGAUGUUUAUCGCUUCUUUUUUACUUCAAAGGAAAUAUCAUCAUCUUCCAAGUGGGAGGACUGCAAAUUUCUUGUUGAAGAUAGGUUUGUGGGGGAAGAGAGUUUUUUUGAGGAAAUUUUCAAUAAAGUCAUUCUCGAUCUUAAAGAAAAGACAAAGGAAAAGGAGCGAAAGCGGAAAGAGGAAAAGGCGAAAAAGGAGAGAAAAGAUAAAGAGAGGAGGGAAAAAAGCAGAAGUAGUAAAGACAGAGGAAGUGGUAGCAGAAAGACUAAAGACAGACGCAAGAUUGAUGAAACAGAUAGCGAUGGAUCUGAUUCGUAUAGUCUAGAAGAGACAAAAAGUUCAAGGGACAGGAGCAGGAGGCAUAAGAGGCAUUCAGAUGACAUGAGUUUCGAUGAUGACGAGAAAGACCGUCCGAGAUCUCAUAGACACAAUGCUGAUUCCAAAAAACCGAAGAAGGCUGAGAAGCAAUCGUCAAGUGGUGAAGCAGAAACGUACAGCCAAAGCAAGAAACAGAAGAGGGACCACAGGGAUGGUUCUAAUAAACAUACUGAUAACGAGGAACAUAAAAGCCGGGAAUUUGGUGAGGAUGGAGAGGUCCAGUAGCUUCUGCAAGCUUCACAACUAAUGUGCUUGUGCUAUUAAUUUGUCUGUUGUCUGUUUACUAUAUUCUAUAACUCCCAUAGGAUUAUUUAGUUUCUGUCCGUCCUCAACCUAUAGUAGUUUAAGCUUAAUCGAAUGCUCUGUUAGUUAGUCUCUACAGUUUACCUUUUAGAUUCUAGCCAGUGAUGGUAACUUCAUUUUUAAUCAUAGUUGGUUUUCUAGUGGCAUUUUUGCUGCACUUUGAGGGGCCAUUUUGCUCAAAUUUUUUCGAAGUGUGCUUCUUCGUUCCAAUUGCUCCUAGAUAUGUGUGUAUUAGUGCCGUUUAUCCCUCUAGGAUUUUGGAGAACUUAGAUUGAUUCAGAUCAAGAUCAAAGACUGCUUCUGUGAAACAUAUGUUUGAAGAAUAGCUCGCAUUUUGAUAUCUGAUAAAAAUUGCGUGCUGGUCGAGUUAUAUACUAACCGUCCCUUUCUCCAUUAUGUUGCUGUGCAUUGAGCUGUGGAGUGCUCUGCUUCCACUUUCCUGCCAAUAGACACUUGCUUUAAGCUUCGAACAUUGCUGUGAUGGCUGUCAGAAUGGGAGGGAUAAACUUGCCAAGACGAAGAAGGUGAGCUAGUUUCGUCUCUUCAUUCAUUAAAACGUGAUUCAUGUUACUAAUUUUUAGGGGGAGAGGUUAUAAGAUUUCAAAAAAAGUUGCAUCUCUGUAAAUGAUCAUUAAAAAAUUCCUAGACAUUGUGAUGCAAUUUUUCUGUUACAUUUACUAUUGUUUAGGGAGAAUUAUCCAGUUGUAUGCUAAUAGCAAACUCAACGUUAAUAAGAUAUUUAUUGUUUGAGUA